CCUGCAGGAUCUUACUAACAGACACCGUCGUGUUAUGGCGCGCGUGCGGAUCCCAGCCCCCAGACAGCCCUGAUUACUUCCCUCACUGAUCAGGGAUCUUCCUGAUUACUGCAGUCCGAGCCCUGUCUCACGUGCUGUCCGGUCUAAGGUCUACACUCCGCGGCGAUCUGCUUCUACUUCCUGAUCCAGACCCGCUGUCUCAGCACCGGUCAUAUGACAGGCAGAGCCCACUGCUGCAGGACCAGGACCAGGACCAGGACUCUUUCUACACCGGCUGUCUGUAUUUGGACCCGAAGGAACCAUGUCUGUGGUGAAGCUGGAGGAGUAUCGGGAGCGGAUUCGUAAAGAACUGGACAACGCAGUGGACUUCUGGCUCAAAUACUCUCAUGACACCAUACACGGAGGCUUCUUUACGUGUAUCGGGCGGGAUGGGACGGUCUAUGAUGAGCUGAAGUACGUCUGGCUGCAGGGUAGACAGGUGUGGAUGUACUGUCGGCUGUACCGAACCAUGGAUCGCUUCCGCAAGCCUGAAAUCCUCGAAGCAGCCAAAGCUGGUGUGUGUGUGUCUGUGGAAAUUCGCCCCCGUCUCCCCGCGGCCAGUGGAAAAGGCCUUUCUUCCCCCCCCCCGACCCGGAAAAGGGGGGAAAACCCGGGAAAAACCCCCAAGGAAACCCUAUUCAGGGUGUUUCACAUCCUGGCCCCUGGUGACCUUAGCCGGGAGGCGACAGACCCCCGCUCACACAGCGUUGUGUUUUUCCCCCUUUGGGCGGAAACAGUGUGGAGCAGGAUCUACGGGGGAAGGGGGACUCGUUUGGGCCUGGGAGGCCCCCCCGGGGUUCCCCGGGGGAAAGUUUCCCCCCAACAGCUCCGUUCCCCUGAUGCUUCCCGUGGGCUGGUGCAGCAGCUGACUGACGGCCGGGGUCAGGAGGUGGUUCACCGGUACCGAGAGCUGGCCAGCUGGUGCGUGCGGCAGAUUCUCCAACACGUCCAGAGAGACGGCACGGCCAUUUUAGAGAAUGUGUCGCCAGAGGGAGCAGAGCUGCCGGGAUGCCAGGGCCGACUGCAGAACCCAGGGCACGCCCUGGAGGCGGGCUGGUUCCUGCUCCAGGUCAGUGCGGAGCAGGGGGACGCAGAGCUCCAGCAGACGGCCAUCAACAAGUUUGUGGAGCUGCCGUAUCAGAAGGGCUGGGACAAAGAGCACGGCGGCCUCUUCUACUUCCUGGAUGUGGACGGUCACUGCCCCACACAGCUGGAGUGGAGUAUGAAGCUGUGGUGGCCCCACUGUGAGGCGCUCAUCGCCUUCCUGAUGGCCUACAGUCAGACCCAGAAGCCCCAGCUGCUGGAGACCUUCUCUCAGGUGUACGAGUACACCUUUAACCACUUUCCUGACACUAAGAACGGCGAGUGGUUUGGCUAUUUGACACAAGAAGGGAGAGUGACACUGGAUUUUAAAGGAGGCCCCUUUAAGGGGUUCUUCCACGUGCCUCGCUGCCUCUACAUGUGUGAGCGUAUGCUGGACGACCUGCUGGCCAACACCAAGGACUCAGCAUGAAUGCUGAAUUAUUCGGGAUUAAAUCUGAUUUGUCUGUUCACUAAAACUACAAGAACCAUGUUAUAAAACAAAUUACACUCAUUUUCAAA